CGGUUUGAAAAUUCAGCGGUGGAGCUGUGGCGUCUGUUGUUUAUUUUUGCCGCUGUCGGAGCUGCUCUGCGUUGUUUUUCCGAGAGCUGUUUGAAUUUUCUGAGCUCUAACACAAAGUGGAAUAAAAACAUGUCAUUUUCAAGAGCCCCUUUGAAGAGAUUCAACGAGCACAUAGGGUGCGCCCCUCCACCGGGGUCCUAUGAUAUUAAGUCGGAGGAUGUGAAAGGAGCUGCUUCCUUUAACAAAUCUGACAGAUUCAGAGCCACCAGGGCAGCUGCUGGAGCUGAUCUACUGCCUCCAUCGCCUUCCAGAGGCGUCUUCAUCUCUCCUGUCCGCAGGACUUUGUCAGUCGAUGGACUUACUACAGGAUCAAGUGACAAAAGAGAGGGGAAUGGCAUGACAUUUGAGAAGAAGCAGCUGAAACUGUUGGAAAAAGAGAUCCGCUCGCUGGUUCAGCAGCGAGGAGAGCAGGACCGCCGUUUGCUGGCCCUGGAAGAUGACCUGAAGAAGUCUGAGGCCAAGCUGCUUGCUGCGGUUAGAGAGAAGACGGGGCUCUCUGCCAGCGUCGUCACGCUGGCAAGACAACGAGCCGAGCUCAAGAAAGUCAACGAGUUCCUGAAAAACAAGGUUUCCGCUGAUGCUACUAAAAAGAGAAUAAAUUCCCUCACAAUGGAGCUGAUGGAAGCUAGGAAUAACCUGGAUGUUAAAAAUCAAGAGUUAAGUCUUCUACAAGUUAACACUGAAGGCCAGCUGAAGGUGAUGGAAACUGACCUCCAAGCUGCUAGGACUACAGUCUCUACUUUGCAGGAUAGGAAUAAAGACCUGGAGGAUCUGCAUGAAGUGACAAAAAGCCGGAACGUGGAGCUUGAGAAUGAAAAGGAGAGGUUAAAUGGUGAGAUUCAGGAGCUGAGAGAGGAGGUCAGGGUACUCCAGGAGUACUUGGAUGCAGCUAAUGACCAGAUUCAGGACCUCCGUUUGCAGAUACAAGAGAAGACACAAGAAGAUGAUGUCGUUGGUUCCAAAGGAGAGAAACUUAAGCAUCUAGAGACGGAACUGGAACAGAGAACAGGAGCGCUUCAAGCCACGCAAGAUUUGCUGAAGCAAAAGGAGGAGGAGGCUAACAAAUUCCAGCAGGAGCUGCAGACAUCCAAGGAUGCUUUGUGGGAUGUGGAAAAGAUGUUGGAGUACCAAAAUCUGGAGCUCCAAUCUGCACAAAAGUCGGUCAUUGACAUGGAGAAGCAAAUGAAGUUGGCCCGCCAAGAAGUUGAGGACUCUCAGACGACCGUCCGUCAGCAAGAGGCCGAGCUUACCCGGCUGAGGGAGGUGCUCAGGAGGACGGAGAGGGAACUCGACGAGAGGGUAGCGCAUCUUGAACAGAAGUGUCUGCUCUCUGAUGAAGAGAGAAGUAAGGCUCAGGAGGAAGGGUUCAGGAAAGUAGAGCAGCUGAAGAACGAGCUGAUCGUCUUACAGCAAGCUAAACGAGAUGAAAGGAAGAGACAGAUCCAGCUUGAGCAAGAACACACAGCACUCACAGAGGAGCUGGCCAAAGAAAAGGCUCUGGUGGACUCUCUGACUGUGCUCGUGGAGAAGGAAAGGGAAGAGACUGAAGAGCAAAUGAGACAGCUAAAAGAGGAAAUGGAGGAGGUGCUGGGGGAGCUGGCUGUGAUGGAGGAGCAGGAGCAGAUACGGCUGGAGGGGGCCCAGAAGAGUCAGGAGGCCCUUCAGAGCCUGCAGCGGGACAAAGAGGAGCUGGCGAAUCAGCUGAGGGAUGCAGAAGCCCUUCUGGAAGGGAGCAGUGAUGUGGCAGCGAUGAAAGCGAUGCAUCUUGCAGCAGUGAGUGAACUCCAAGAGGCAUGUAACAACUCACAGAGAAAGAUCGAGGAUUUUGUCACGGAGCUGGAAAGCACCAGAGAGGCUCUAAAGGAAGCCAAAGGAAGACAGAGAGAACUGGAAGCGGAGGUGGGGAGAGUGACCUGCCAGCUGAAGGAGGCGAUGGACAAAAUGGUUGAACAGAAAGAGGAAGAGAUCAAUAGAGUGAGGGGGUGGACGGACGAGCAACAGGAGAGACUGCAGGCUGAAGCAAAAUCAAAGGAAGAGAGUUUAAGGGUGUUGCAUGAGCUUCAAACUUGCCUUGCUCAAAAAGAAGAGGAGGUGAAGGCCGCGCAGGCAAGCCAUGCAGCUCAACUCGACCUGCUUCAGAAGGAGCUACAGGCGCAGAUAAGCGCAAAGGAAGACGCGCUGAGACUUUUAGAGGAACAGAGACUGAGUUUUUCUGAGAGGGAGAAGUCCCAGAAACUGUUGGAAGACCUUAGUUGGCAAAAAGAAGAAAUGUCUCAGCAACUCCAAAAGGAAAGAGAAGAGAAAUUGAAAAUUCACGUGGCCCUUCAGGAGGAAAAACUAGCGUUUGAGGCUGAGCGGAACAACCACGAGCAGGUCAGGUCAGAGGUGCUUAAACUACAAGCUGACUUGGAGAUGCUAGACCAGGAAAGGAGGACUCUGCUGUCGGAAGUGGAACUUAAAAAGGACUUCAGCCAUGCGCUCGAGAAUCGGCUGAGCGCCGCUGAGCGGGACAGAGAUCAGUUUCAGUCUCGCCUGGACGACGUCGAACGAGAAAACGCCGGCCUGCGGGCCCAAUUAGACCGCUCGCGGGAGAAAGCGGCGGCUCUGGAGCACGAGUUGGACAAGCAGCAGCAGCAGGACGGUGGCGCUCUGAGGGAGCAGCUGGAGGUACUGACUCAGGAGAAGGUCACUCUGCAGUGGGAAAUGGAGGAGCAGCGACAGGAACUCCAAAGACAAUUAGCCGAAGCGCAGGAGAAGAGCUCCCCACGCUCCGAGAUGGAGCGCUGGAGGAAACAAUAUGAGGAACUGUUCGUCAAAGUCAAGCCCUUCCAGGAGCAGCUUAACGCAUUUGCAGCCGAGCGAGAUGCGCUGCUUAAUGAGAACGGAGCGAACCAGGAAGAAUUAAACAAAUUAGCCGACGCUUACGCUUCCCUCCUGGGGCACCAGAACCAGAAGCAGAAGAUCAAACAUGUGAUGAAGCUCAAAGAUGAAAAUAUCUCUCUGAAACAGGAAGUUUCCAAGCUUCGUUCCCUUGUGAGCCGCCAGAAGAGCGAUUUGGACCAGCUGAGAGCAAAGCUGCCCGGCGCUCGUCGUCACAGGUUUGAUCCCAGCAAGGCCUUCCAGAACAACAAGGAAAACAUUCAGACUGAAACAAAUGAUCCUCUUGGAGAAGGAAACCACAAAGAAUAGUGGAGUUGAAGAAUGGAAAGCGAAAAGGAAAGACAUGUUACUAGUUUUGUUUCUCUGCGAUGUUCUUAAAAUGUAAUCAUAGUUCCAACAGGUUUUUUGUUCAAGUGGAUGCAAGAUGCGUCUGAAUUGGAUAACCGAGCUCCAAACAUAAAAUGUAUCUUUUUAUGUACAUAUGUAGUUUUUGUUGCAGCAGGGUCCUCUUUAAAUAUGGUGGCUGUAAAUGUUUACUUUGUAAAUAAAGAUUUUUUUUUUUAAAUCCUUC